AUGGCGAACAUGCUUCCAUUGACCGCGCCAGACACGGACACCCUCUUCGGGGAGCUCCACACCUUGCAGGAAGACUUCAGCGCCUUCCAAGCGACGAUCCAGCGGCGAUGCGACUGCAACGCCCAGCCAUACCCGCCGCGGCCGCCCCCGGCCAACGCGCAAUGCGCCUGCAACCCGUGCAACUGCCCGACGACGGACCACCCGUGCAACCGAGGCUCCGCGCCGACAGGCAGAGAUCUGAGUGAUGCAGGCCUGCGCCGGAUGCUCAACCGGCUGACGAGAGAGGUGCGGAACUUCCAGGCCGGGCAGGGUGCGACGUGCGGCUGUGCUGGACGUGACGGGGCCCACAGCGCAGGUAAUACCAGUCCAGCCCCAGCAAGCAGCUAG